AUGAUUGAAGAUAAUAAGGAAAACAAAGACCAUUCCUUAGAAAAGGGAAGAGCGACUCUCAUUUUUUCUUUAAAGAAUGAAGUUGGAGGACUUAUAAAAGCCCUGAAAAUUUUCCAGGAGAAGCAUGUAAAUCUGCUACAUAUCGAGUCCCGAAAAUCAAAGAGAAGAAACUCAGAAUUUGAGAUAUUUGUUGACUGUGAUAUCAACAGAGAACAAUUGAAUGAUGUUUUUCAUCUCCUGAAGUCUCAUACUAAUGUAAUUUCUGUGAAUCCACCAGAAAAUUUUAUAGCAAAGGAAGAUGAUAUGGAAACAGUUCCCUGGUUUCCAAAGAAGAUUUCUGACCUGGAUCUUUGUGCCAACAGAGUUCUCAUGUAUGGAUCUGAACUAGAUGCGGAUCAUCCUGGCUUCAAAGACAAUGUCUACCGUAAGAGACGAAAAUAUUUUGCAGACUUGGCCAUGAAUUAUAAACAUGGAGAACCUAUUCCUAAGAUUGAGUUCACUGAGGAGGAGAUUAGGACCUGGGGCACUGUGUUUCGAGAGCUCCUCAAGCUCUACCCAACCCACGCCUGCAGAGAAUAUCUCAAAAACUUGCCUUUGCUUUCAAAAUACUGUGGGUAUCGGGAAGAUAACAUCCCACAAUUGGAAGAUGUCUCAAACUUUUUAAAAGAGCGCACAGGUUUUUCCAUUCGUCCCGUGGCUGGUUACUUAUCACCAAGAGAUUUCUUAUCAGGUUUAGCCUUUCGAGUUUUUCACUGCACACAGUAUGUGAGACACAGCUCAGAUCCCCUCUAUACCCCAGAGCCAGAUACCUGCCAUGAACUCUUAGGUCACGUUCCCCUUCUGGCUGAACCCAGCUUUGCUCAGUUCUCCCAGGAAAUUGGCUUGGCUUCCCUGGGCGCUUCGGAGGAGGCAAUUCAAAAGCUGGCAACGUGCUAUUUUUUCACCGUGGAGUUUGGACUAUGUAAACAAGAUGGGCAACUAAGAGUCUUUGGUGCUGGCUUACUUUCUUCUAUCAGUGAACUCAAACAUGCACUUUCUGGACAUGUCAAAGUCAAGCCCUUUGAUCCUAAGAUUACCUGCAAACAGGAGUGUCUCAUCACCACUUUUCAGGAUGUCUAUUUUGUAUCUGAAAGCUUUGAAGAUGCCAAGGACAAGAUGAGAGAAUUCACCAAAACUAUUAAACGUCCAUUUGGAGUGAAGUAUAAUCCAUAUACACAGAGUGUUCAGAUCUUGAAAGACACCAAGAGUAUAACCAGUGCCAUGAAUGAGCUGCGGCACGACCUUGAUGUGGUCAGUGAUGCUCUUGCCAAGGUCAACAGACAGAUGAGCAUCUGA